AUCACUGUCCUCUGAACUGCAUUAAAUAUUACACAUGCAUGCUGGAUUGAUCUGUCUCUCUGGCUUUCUAGAUAUCAAGCCGGAGAAUCUGCUCAUCAGCUCCGACGAUAUGCUCAAACUGUGCGACUUCGGGUUUGCGCGGGAUCUCUCAGAAAGCACCGAUGCGAACUACACGGAGUAUGUGGCGACUAGAUGGUACCGAUCCCCGGAGCUGCUGCUGGGGGCUCCGUACGGGAAGGCGGUGGACAUGUGGUCGGUGGGGUGUAUUCUGGGCGAGCUGAGCGACGGUCAGCCUCUGUUUCCGGGCGAGAGUGAGAUCGACCAGCUCUUCACCAUCCAGAAGGUCCUGGGGCCCCUGCCGCCCGAACAGAUGAAGCUCUUCUACAACAACCCUCGCUUUCACGGGCUACGGUUUCCCUCGGUCAGCCAUCCGCAGACUCUGGAGAGACACUAUCUGGGGAUCAUCAGUCCAGUCCUGCUUGACCUCAUGAAGAACCUGUUGUUGUUAAACCCGAAUGAGCGCUAUCUGACUGAACAGAGUCUGAACCACCACGCCUUCCAGACUCAGCGCCUGACGGAGCGACCCGGCCCACUCACACCCACACCCGUCCGCUCCUCCAAGAGGAAACCGCUCCUGGACAACAGCGCCCCCAGCAGGGGUCAUGUGGUCAAGAGUUCAAGUCACCAUCGCUCAAACAGCCGCGACUGUUCCAGUCUGCCCCGCCACGGGAACGAAGACCUCCACCCGUCCAGCACCGAGGCAUUCCUGAAUGGGUCGGUACCAUCUCCCAACAGCCUGAGUCCGGUGAUGCACCCCAAAUCCUUUCAGCCGCUCAACCGCUCGGCGUCGUGCGGUAAAGACCUGGCCAGCCUGCAUCACGCCAAAGAGGCCAAAUCGAAAGCAGGCGAUUUUGACUUUGGCAAACCGGCGGACGGACCGGUGCCCAAAUACCUGAAAUCCAACACGCCUCGCUCCCAGAACCGCCAUUCCUUUGUGGAGGGCAAGACCAGCACUUUGGCGGGGGACCGGGAGAAACAGAGCCGCCACGGCUCAUCUUUGGGUGGAAAGGGGUCGUCUUCGUACCUGAGUUUGUCCAAGAGUCACGGAGUGCUUAGCGACGCCAAAUCCGUGAGCAACCUCAGCGACAUGCGACUGCACCCAGAUGACCCCGCUGGCUCUCCGCGCUACUUCCCCAGCAGCUGCUUGGACCUCAACAUGAACCUGAACUUGCCAGCGCCGGGCAGUCCAUCCCUGCAACACGGGGAGCGUUCCGGACACAGUCCCGCAGUGGGGCGUCGCAGCAAACUGGAACGGGAUGGAAGCAUGGCUGAGCCGUCCACCCGCCGUUCCUCAUCAAGGCAGAAGAGUGACGGAAACCCUGUAGAUCCGCUUGACCCCACAGGGGGACUGUCUCUUUCGGCACCCCAUGAGUUCCCCUACGGCAUGGGCUACACCAGCCCGUUUUCCUCCCAGCAGAGGCCGCAUAGGCACUCCAUGUAUGUGCGGAGGGAACGGGGGCGACCCCACGGAGGUGAGGCGGGCGGAUUGGCAGUGGGGCAAGGGAUGUCCACGAGGGCCAGCAGUCUACAGCUCCUGACCCCUCAGCUACAGCAUCGGACCCUGCCGAGACACAUGGACAAUGCUGUGUCGCGGGAAACGGGAUUAGACGACAUCAGGAGCGACCCCGCGGCCGCAGAGGUCAGUCACACGCGACCUUUAAUCCGGGAGUCCACACGGGACAACACCACCACCUUUCACGCACCACGGCAAAAGAGCGAGGGAGGUGUUUAUCACGAGCAGCUCGCAGAUGACAGCGGAUCGGCCAAAGAGAACCGCAUGAUGUACAGCGACUCAGUGCCGCGACGGGUCGGGAGCUUCUACAGGGUGCCGUCUCCCAGACCCGAUAACUCGUUCCACGAGAGUUCAGGAGUCACGAUGGACAGCAGCCACAACAUACACCAACCCACAUACGACCCAUGGACGGGGUCUGAGACGCGGGACAUGAGUCCUCCAGAACCCACCAAAGAGAAGGAGAAACAAGGCUUCUUCAGAUCCAUCAAGAAGAAGAAGAAGAAGUCUCAAACCACAGACGCUGAUGACGAGCGACGGCCAGUCGUGAGGAAAGCUCUGUUUCCUCUCUUUCACUCUCAGAGGAGCUUCACGCGCAGCUCCUCUGAGAGAGAGCGUCCCCUAGUGGCCACAGCAAUGGUGUCGAGCGAGGGGCCGGAUCAGGCGCUGAUGCAGAAAGCGUCCCGCUCGUACACACACCAGGGCAGCAGACAUCGCACCCGCAGCCGCGACCGAGAGCGAGAGCGAGAGCAGGAUCCGGAGCGGGACGCAGACUGGCCCGCGGAGAGAGCGCUCGACACACACUCACAGCCUCUGAAGUCUUUGCGGAAGCUGCUUCAUCUCACCUCCUCAUCCUCGUCCUCCAACCAAACCUCGGCAGACCUCCACUACCCCCUGCCCUCCUCCAAAGGCGGCGGGAGUUUCGUGGAGCCCCGCGGCCUCGGCUCCAUGCAGCCCAAGGGCCGUUCGGCUGCGUACGGGGCCCCGGGGCCCCUGGAGUCCGGCUGGCACUCCAGCGCUCUGGACCGUCCCAAGGGAAACCCGUAUCCUGACCAGCUGACCUCCAAACCGGGCCCCAACGGCUUCGCUCGCCACUUUCGUUCACGUUUGCCAAACCUGAAUGACCUUAAAGAGACGGCGCUGUGAGUCGGACUCACGGCGGCCCCUAAUGGACCUUCUUUUCUUGCGUAUUAAGGGUAGGCCUAUAUGUCUUUAUUUUUGUUGUUUUUCUUUUUUAGUUUUUAAUAUUUGAUAGCACUUCUUAUAUUAUUUAUGUACUGUAAUUACUGUAUUUUUUGUUAUCUGAUAAUACAAUCUAAAAGCAGAUGAUAUAGCUCUAUGUAAAUGGGAAUAUAUAAAUGUAUAACGCUGUACGUGCAGCUUUAGUUUCUACUCUGGUUGUAGUAUAUAAACAUUAUCUGAUUCUGCAUAGUUACUCUUAUAUUUGGCUAAAGGUUCUGAUGAUUCAUGUAUAGAUGACAGUAUUGACAUUUAUUUUAUAGUUAUAGAAUAAGACUACAGUAUAUAUAGAUAUUACGACUUUGUCUUUGAGUAUUUUCUGUUUACAAUUCAGUGAAUAUCAGUAGAUAUUAAGAGUAACGGUAAUUAACGGUAAGAAUGCGCGAUUAAAUGUGCGUGUGCUUCCCAGAUAGCGCACGUACGUUGCUUUAAAUGUCAUAUUUAUGUGUAAAUUAAUUCUUUAAUGUUGUGAAUGUAACACAACAGGAACGACAAACACUAGCAAAUCAGAUUUUUAGAGAAGUCUCUUCUGCUCAAAGCUGUAAUUUUUUUUAAUUAAAAAUACGGUAAA